CUUUUACGGCUCCUCUCGUCCCAGGAUCUGUCCGGCUCCAUCGACGACCUCCCCACCGGGACGGAGGGCGCCCUGAGCCCCGGCGUCAGCACCUCGGGGGUCUCCAGCAGUCAGGGGGAGCAGAGCAAUCCGGCCCAGUCGCCCUUCUCGCCGCACACUUCGCCCCACUUGCCGGGCAUCCGCGGACCCUCGCCAUCACCCGUGGGCUCCCCCGCCAGCGUCACCCCCUCCCGCACGGGCCCUCUGUCCCCUGCUGCUGUGCCAGGCAAUCAGAUGCCUCCGCGGCCGCCCAGCGUCCAGUCAGACACCAUCAUGCACCCUUCUAUGAACCAGUCCGCCAUGGGCCCGGAGAGGGUGUACAUGCGUAACCCUCAGAUGGCUCCCUACGGGUCCCCUGGUCAACCUGGCUCCGCCUUAUCUCCACGCCAGUCUUCGGGAGGCCAGAUGCAUGCUGGGAUGGGACCUUAUCCCCAGAACAACUCCAUGGGGAACUACGGGCCUCAGGGCGGGCAGUAUGGUCCGCAAGGUUACCCCAGGCAGCCCGCUUACACCGGGAUGCCCAACGCCAACUACCCCACCGGGCCGGCCGGCAUGAGCGGCUCCAUGAACCCCAUACCGGGCCAGGGCAGCGGCGCUCCGUACGGCGGCAUCCCGCCCGGCAGGAUAGGCCCGGCGCAGAUGGGUCCUCGGCCCUUCGGCCCCGCCAUGGCCGCCAACAUGGCCGGCAUGCCUCCCCAGGUGGCGUCCGGGAUGUGUCCCCCGCCGGCCAUGAACAGGAAGGAGGGCGGCCCCUCCAUGCACCACGGGCCCGCUAACAACAGGCCUCCCGGCUACCCUAACAUGGCUCAGGGGAUGAUGGGAACGGGCUCUCCAUACGGCCCCGGCAUGAACAGCAUGCACGGUAUGAUGAACCAGGGAGCGCCCGGGCCUUACCCAAUGGGAGCCAAUGUAGCCAACAACACUCCUGGAAUGGCUCCCAGUUCGGAGUUUGGCGUGGAAAAAAUGAACCCGACCCAGAAGAUCAACAACAAAAUGGAGGGGACUCCCAAGCCCGAAUCCAAAAAGAAGUCGAGCUCCUCCACCAUCACCAACGAGAAGAUCACCCGUCUGUACGAGCUCGGCCCGGAGCCGGAGCGGAAGAUGUGGGUGGAUCGGUUCCUGGCCUUCGCCGAGGAGAAGGCGAUGGGAAUGAACAACCUGCCCGCCGUCGGACGCAAGCCCCUCGAUCUCUUCCGGCUCUACGUGUCCGUCAAGGAGAUCGGCGGCCUCACCCAGGUGAACAAGAACAAGAAGUGGAGGGAGCUGGCCACCAACCUGAACGUGGGCACGUCGAGCAGCGCUGCCAGCUCACUAAAGAAACAGUACAUCCAGUGUCUGUACGCCUUCGAGUGCAAGAUCGAGCGCGGCGAGGACCCGCCGGCCGACUUCUUCAACACGGACACCAAAAAGAACCAGCCCAAGAUCCAGCCUCCCAGCCCAGCUGGUUCUGGAUCCCUGCAAGGACCGCAGACGCCCCAGUCCACCAGUAGUUCCAUGGCAGAGGGUGGAGACCUGAAGCCCCCGACCCCGGCCUCCACCCCACACACGCAAAUGCCUCCAAUGCCUGGCGCCAGCAGGAGUAGCGUCAACCUGCAGGACCCGUUUGCGGAUGGCGUUGACCCGGCGUUUUCCAGAAGGAACGCCCUGACUCCCAACUCGCAGGGCUACCAGCCCGGCAUGGGGGGCCCGGAGAUGAUCACUCGAAUGGGUCCCUACGAGUCCAACAAGGACCCCUUCGGUGGCAUGAGGAAAGCUGGAGAGCAGUUCAUGCAGCCGGGUCCCAACAGUGGGAUGGGAGAACAGUACAACCGAGGUCCACCAGGACCUAUGGGUAACAUGCAGAUGGGCCAGAGGCAACAGUACCCGUACGGAUACGACAGAAGACCGGAGCCCGGCAUGGGUCCCGACGGCAGCAUGGGACCAGGAGCUCCUCAGCCCAACAUGAUGCCUUCCGGCGCCGAGACGGGGAUGUACUCGCCCAGCCGCCCUCCCCCACAGCAACGGCAUGAAUCCUUCAGCAAUCAGUACCCUGGCCAAGGAGCUCCCCCUGGUGGCCCGUACCCGAAUCCGCAGCCAGGAAUGUAUCCACAGCAGCAACCGAACUACAAGCGUCCCGUGGAUGGAGGGUAUGGGCCUCCUGCCAAGCGCCAUGAGGGAGAAAUGUACAAUGUCCCCUACAGUGGUCAGCAGCAACCUGGACCCCAGCCCUCGGGACCCCAGGGCCAACAGGACAUGUACAACCAGUAUAAUGCAUAUCCUGGAGGGGACCGCAGACCACCGGGUCCACAGAACCAGUUCCCCUUCCCCUUUGGCCGGGACAGGGUACCGCCGUCGGCAGGGCCGAACUCCCAGUCUCCAAUGGCUCCCCAAAUGAUGUCGAGCCCCAUGCCCUCGGGUCCCGACGGCCCCCAGGGCCCAAUGUGGCAGGGUCGCAAUGAGAUGGGCUACCCGAACUACCCGAACAGACCAGGACCUCCCGUCCCGGGCCAGGGCCCCGGCUACCACGGCAUGAACCGCUCGGAGGAGAUGAUGCCGUCGGACCAACGCAUGAACCACGAGGGCCAGUGGCCCGGCCACGUCAACCAGCGCCAGCCUCCGUUUGGCCCCGGCGGUUCCGGACCACCCAUGACCAGACCCCUGCCGUCCACCUACCAGACUUCGCAGAACCACAUUCCUCAGGUGUCGAGCCCCACGCCGAUGCCCCGGCCCAUGGAGAGCAGGACGUCGCCCAGCAAGUCCCCCUACAUGCAUCCGGGCAUCAAGGUGCAGAAAGCCGGACCCCCGGUGCCCGCCUCCCACAUCGGCCAGGCCCCGGUGCAGCAGCCCAUGAUCCGGCGAGAUGUGGCCUUCCCUCCCGGCUCGGUGGAGGCGUCCCCUCCCCACCUGAAGCCUCGCAGACGGCUCACCAUGAAAGACAUCGGCACUCCAGAGGCUUGGAGAGUGAUGAUGUCGCUGAAGUCGGGCCUCCUCGCCGAGAGCACCUGGGCCUUGGACACCAUCAACAUCUUACUGUAUGAUGACAACAGCAUUACUACUUUUAACUUAUGCCAGCUGCCUGGUUUCCUGGAGCUGGUGGUGGAGUACUUCAGGCGCUGCCUCAUCGAGAUCUUUGGCAUCUUGAAGGAGUACGAAGUGGGAGACCCCGGCCAGCGCACCCUCAUAGACCCCGACGCGGCCGAGGAUCCCGACGACGAGCCCCCACUGCCCGAGGGCGAGGACAUGGACGUGGACGAAGAGGACGAGGAGGACGAGGAGCCCGAGGAUACCAAGGCCAGUCCCGACACCCCAUCGCUGGUCCAGGUGAAGCAGGAGGAGGAGAGCUCUCACAAACGCGCCACUUCGGAGGAGGAAGAGGAGGAGGAGGAGGAGAAGAAGGAAAGAGACUCUUCUACCAAGGAACCCGCCACCUCCGGGUCCUCCUCCCAGGACCAGAACCUCCACUCGGAGAAGCCCAGGCAGGCGAGCAAGUUCGACAAGCUCCCCAUCAAGGUGGUGCGGAAGAAGAACCCCUUCCUGGUGAACCUCUCGUCCAAGCUGGGGCAGCGGCAGAGCUUCGACAGCGGCCUGACACACUGGAGCAUCGGCGGCGGCGACACCACCGAACACAUUCAGACCCACUUUGAGAGCCGGAAGGACCUCCUCAAGCAGCGGAAACGCAAGCCGGCGGCGGCCGAGGGCCGCAAGAAGUCCGAGGCCUCCAAGUCCAACGGGGAGAAUAAACCCCGGGGGCCGCCGUCCGAGUCCGCCGACCCUCGGGGGUCUUUGGCGGAGAGGAGCGCGCCCCCUCCCCUCCCCAUCGGCGCGCCGGUCACCGCCACCAUCGAUGACGUGCUGUCCGCCCGCCCGGGCUCGGUCACGGAGGAGGUGGUGCGCGGCGGCGCCGAGGAGCAGAAGGAGAACGGCAAGUACCUGUUCAGCAUCAACCCCGACCUGCAGAGCCGCCGCAACAUCAAGAUCCUGGAGGACGAGCCGCACAGCAAGGACGAGACGCCGCUCAGCACCCUGUCGGACUGGCAGGACUCGCUGGCCCGGCGCUGCGUCUGCGUCUCCAACAUCGUGCGCAGCCUCUCGUUCGUGCCGGGCAACGACCUGGAGAUGUCCAAGCACCCGGGCCUCCUGCUGCUGCUGGGCCGCCUGGUGCUGCUCCACCACAGGCACCCCGAGCGCAAGCAGGCGCCGGUCACCUACGAGAAGGAGGACGAGGAGGACGAGGGCGUCAGCUGCGAGAGGGACGAGUGGUGGUGGGACUGCCUCGAGGUGCUGAGGGAGAACUGCCUCGUCACCCUGGCGAACAUCUCAGGCCAGCUGGACCUUUCCAUCUACCCGGAGAGCAUAUGCCUGCCGCUGCUGGACGGCCUGCUCCACUGGGCGGUCUGCCCCUCGGCGGAGGCCCUGGACCCCUUCCCCACGCUGGGGCCCCACGGCUCGCUCUCCCCCCAGAGACUGGUCCUCGAGACCCUCAGCAAGCUCAGCAUCCAGGACAACAACGUGGACCUCAUACUGGCGACGCCGCCGUUCAGCCGCCUGGAGAAGCUGUACGGCUCGCUGGUGCGCCUGGUCGGCGAGCGCAAGGUGGCCGUGUGCCGGGAGAUGGCGGUGGUCCUGCUGGCCAACUUGGCGCAGGGCGACGGCCUGGCGGCGCGGGCCAUCGCCGUGCAGAAGGGCAGCGUGGGCAACCUGCUGGGCUUCCUGGAGGACAGCCUCGCGGCCACGCAGUACCAGCAGAGCCAGAGCUCCCUGCUGCAGAUGCAGGGCGGACCUCAGUUCGAGCCCACCAGCGUGGACAUGAUGCGGCGGGCGGCCCGCGCCCUGCACGCCCUGGCCAAGGUGGAGGAGAACCACUCCGAGUUCACGUUGUACGAGUCGCGGCUACUGGACAUCUCGGUGUCCCCACUUAUGAACUCUCUUGUGUCCCAGGUGAUCUGUGACGUUCUGUUUCUGAUUGGCCAGUCAUGACAGCCGUGGGGAGGUUUCAGCUCCGCCUCUUUCCGUUCCCUCCCCCCCUCAGCCCUUUUCUUUGUGUGCGUGCGUGUGUCUGUCGCGUGUGAGUGAAAAGAGCAAAUACUGACUUGUCCUUUUUUUUUUUUUUUUUUAAAUUUUUUUUUUUUUUAAUUUAUGCAAAAUCACCUCGGAUUCCACUGUCUUUCUACCCCUGCUUCUCACUAAAGGAAGGAAUAUCAUGAAGUAGCUGUGGAUUUUAAACGUCGAAGAUGGAAAGAUACUGACACAGAAGAGCAGACUGGGACCCAGGCAUAGGACAGAGCGCGCUGCCCUGGGGGGGGGGGGGACUUGUUUUUUAAUGAAAAGAAAAAUCUCCAGUAAAAAAAAAAAAAAAAAAGAAGAAGAAACUGUAACCAAAGUUGCUGUCUCGUUUACAGUGAGUUUGGGGGGAUACGUGUGCUCGCUUUCUCCCUC